GCCCAAUUCCUGUUGGUUGCCCAACAGAACAGCACAGCGCAGAGAGGUAUCCCUCAGCGCCGCUUCAUUCAUUGAGAGACAGACGAGACAGCCCCUCCUCUCCCGCCAGCUGGCCAAGCUAGACAGACAGGUCGAGAACUAGGUGUGUCCCCACACCACAGCCCACUUCACGAGUCUCUCUCUCUUUAUAUGCCAUUAUACAUCAGCACAUCAACCACCAUCUGGGCUCCCACGGGCCUUUCAUUCUCCACCACCCACUGCCGCCCCACGACAACUCGCACAGCCUCACACACCUCACUGUGAAGCCCCGAGGACACGCACUCUGUCUCAAACGGAGCGAAGCCAUUAUCCGCCUUGCCACCAGCUAUCGUGUCAAUGGCCCCAGCCAGCCACAGCAGCCUCGCCUGUGGGGGCAGACGGCGCAGGAAGCCGACAGGGCAUUUAAAGUCGUCCCCUGACUCACUCGCCAAUCGCAUCAGACUCCACACCAAUUGCAGCAGGCUGGCACGGUCAAGCAGCAACAGCACAUCCAGCAGCCCCUCGGCACCCCUUGCCGAGGCCAGCCGCUCACUAGCAGCGCUCUCCAAUAGCCGCGAGUAGGGCUCAACUGACGGCGCGAGAGCCCCAUACGUCCACAUGAGCCGCGCCAGCGAUGAGCCGUCCAUGUGUGAGAUACGGCGCACAAGCAGGUCGACCAGACGCGCGUCGAGCAGCCCCACGGUGCUGUCACCAUAGCUGCCAUCACGUGCCGCGCAGCUGAGGUGCCUGACCGACCAUGCGAGGCGUAGAAGGCACUGUGUGUCGGUGAGGGGGGACAGGGCAGAUGGCUGCAGGAGGGAAAGGGCCAUGGCUGAGAGAAAAGACGGUGGUGGGGAGAAGCGGAGUCUUGCCAGAGCCCAGAGAGCGGGACUGAGGUCGGCGACCGUCAACUCAUCCGACCGACGCACCAGCUGACACAUACACACCAUACACACAGAGAGAGGCACAGAUGAACGCGAAACUAUUUGUUCCCUCAGUCUGUCUCUCCCUUCCUGUCUGACCUCAUGUGCGGCGCGCUGCACAAAUACCCCCACACCCAUUCCUUCCCCCAUGCCGCCUCCGUCCUCCCCAAUCGCCCCACCGGCCCGCGCCAGUGCCAUGAGGCACCCCACCAGACCAUGUAUCGAUACACCCUCAGCACCACCACAAAGCAGAUGCCGCAGCACAUCUCGCAUGGCCUCUCGCCGCUUCAUCGCCACUGCCGAUGAGAGUGAGGGUGGGCUCUGGGAGAUGCCGUGGGCGAAGGCCUGGAUGAGCAGGGAUGUGUCCGCAGGGGGCAGCUGUGGGUGUGGCUGGUGUGUGAGGGUGGAUGUGAGGGACGGGGAGGCCUUGUGCAGCAGGGAGGGGGCACACGGCAGCUCCAGGACAGCACAGGACCACAGCAGCCGAGACAGGCUCUGAACGGAACACAGAGAGACACCACACCAGCACUUGUCUUCAAAUUCCUUGUCCAUCCAUCCAUCCAUGAGUGCGUGUGUGCCGCCCUACAGGUCCGUCGAAUGCGGCCAGAUGUGUGGCUGCAGCCAUGCCACCCUCGUCGAGCAGCCCCCUGCGCCACGCCACCUCCCUCUCCCUCUCCUCUGGCCGCCCCCCACCCCCAGCUCCAUCCCCACCUGUCCACUCACGGUGCUUGGCCGACGCCCACAUGACAUUGGACAGAUCCCUCGCCCGCAGCUGCCCCCACCACUGCCGAUCGCUGAUGGCACACAAAAUGGCGUCAAAGAGCUUCGAGUCCACCACACCGGCCGACGCGUACGACCACAUCAGGCUGGCCAGGUGGUGGGGCUCGAACGGCAUCACCCCUGGGGCGAUCAUGCCGUCACUGCCGUCGCUCUCAUCUGCCCGUCGGUCACCGAGCAGCCGCAGCAGCCGACGGGAGGCCUCACGGAAGAGUUUCUCAUCGACUUUCGGCGCCAUUGCCGCGUAGCAGCUGAGCACCUGUGCCAAAGCGAUGGGCUCGAACUUGCGAAGACAUCGCAUGGCCACCGGCCGGGCUGCGUCGAUAAAGUCCUCGCAGGCCGUCCUCACUCGUCCAUCGGCCACUAACUCUCUCAGGCGGCCAGCGGCCCACAGUGCCAUCGAUAGCUCCGAAUGCGCGAAGGAAUCCACGCGAGCCGUACUCUCGGUCGCAAGCACGACACACCAGGAGCACAUGAGCUCGGCGUUGGUCUGAAUCAGAGUGUCUGUCAGCCGAGUGGCGCACCACAGCUGAUUCGACAGGGAUUCUGGUGCGAAUGCUGCUGGAUAAGAGGCAGAGGGGGCUGGGUAGGAGGGAGGGCUUGGUGACGUGAGGCGCGCAAGAGAGGCGUCGAGGACGGCCGUCAUCCACGCGGCGGACGGUCGGUAGCCUCCAUGCACGACGCUGAGCAGGAGGUUGCUGAGGUUCAGAGGCGUCAUCUGGCUCACAUGCCGCAAGCUGGCCUCGGUCAUCUUGUGCCACACGCCGUCGUGACGGACGCGGCACUUGCCCAUCGCCAGAAGAACCAUUGCCACAUCCUCGCCACGGAACAGAGGUAGUGUCGACGCAGGCGCGUCCAUCAGGAACGUCGCAAUAGAGAGCACUAAAUGCGGCACGGGGUGGCGGUCAUGGUGCUGUUCGCCACACAGCUCCAUCAUUUUGACGGACGCCCAUGCCGUGACGGCCAGACUUAGAGGGCUGAAGGACUCCCAACAGACGGGCUGGUGGCCAUGAAGCAUCUCCACCAUCUUGCGGUAGAUCCCGUCGCACCGCCCGACACCGUAUUUCUUCAGCGCUACACUCGCCCACAGGACGUUGCCAACCUCCCGGGGCCGCAGCUGUGCGAGUGCAAUGCCAUGGUCCAAGCAUCCACCACCGUCCUCCAUGACGCCCACAAACCUAUCAAAUCGCUCGUCCUCAUCGAGAGAAUAGCCAGGGCGGCGAAACGAAGGCACGCCAGUAUCCGGCGAUGAGCCGUGCCGCUUUCUCUUGUUUCCAGCAGCCUCCGCCUGCAGCUGUUUGGCGAUGCGAUGAAUCCCCGUCGCCCAAUUGACCGAAUUGAGCACCGACAGGUGAUUGGCCAGCAGCUCCAGGAGGCCGUCGAGCGAUGUGGCCGUCUCGAGCCGCCUGUUGAGCACCAGUUGCUCUGCAGACGGCGCAGAUGUGGCCGCGAGAGGCAGAGAUACCGGCGACGGAUGGCUGCGGCUCACAUGAUGUGACACAGCAGCACCACCGAUGAAGGGAGUUGAUGAAUCAGCCGGCUGCAGUCCCAUCGCGGUGUGGCUGGUGCGUCGUGUUGCGUGGCAGACGGCGCCCCUCGCAGGGAGUGGACGCAGUGCAGAAGGGAUGUUCUCGAUUGAAGAUCUCCGGAAAAUCAUAACAAACAAGGCUGUUCCUUCUCAUUGCUCUGCCCUUAUACCCCGUACCUCUCUCCAAUCGCAGCU